AAAAUUAAUUUCCAGAGUGAUGGUGUCUCUUUGACUCUGAAAUGCUGCCAGUGCAGAGCCACCCCUGAGCCCGGUGGGUGCCGCUCAGGCCAGCUGGGCUCCCCAUGCAGCUGCUGUUGCACAGGAGCUGUCCCACAGAGAGGUGUCAGGGCGUGCUGGGGACAGGUACCAUGGGGUGGGUUAGCUCCAGGGUACAGUGAGAUCAAUGCUUGAACAUUUGCAGAAAUAGCUGAAAAGCACAGGAGUGGUUUGUGUUGGCACAGUGCUGGCUGGGGGCUGGUGUCACACACAGCAUGGUCCCUCUGCUCAGGGCUGUCACAUCCCUGUGGCCUCCAUGCUGCCAUGCUUGCCAGAGGAGUGGGGGCACAAAUGGGAGGAAGUUAAAGCUGAUGUGCUCGUUUUUAUGACAAAUUUGGGAACUGAAAUGAAAUUUCCUUUCGGGAAGGGAAAAGGAAUCUUGCGAUUUCAAUGGGGACCAAUAGAGGAGUCUUUGGUGCAUGUCUGUGCCCUUGGUGUCAUCUUCAACACACACAUGGAAUGUCUGCCUUACUGAAAGGAGCUCAUCCAUGCUCCCUGCAAGGAUAUGUGGCUGUGACAGCUUUGUAGUGAGAUUGUAACCCUGGGGAUGAGGGAGCCAAGCUGUGAUCUGCAAGGUGUUUUUGUCCGUUUCUGUGGGUUCUGUGGAUGUGAGGGGGGAUAAUUGUUGUGGUGCAAUGCUCCAGUGUCCUCCCACAGGCAGAGUGCAGGGGAGGUGCUUUGUUGGUGUUCCUUUCACAGGGCAGUUUUGGUUGGUGCCACUGCGGCUUUGGCUGCUCUGUGGGUUGAGUCAUGUCGUCCUUGGUCUUCCAGCUCCGUGGGCUUGGAUAGUUCUGCUCCAAACAGGAGUCAGCAGCUGAGCUGUAGUACAAGCUAUAAUUGCCUGUUCUGAAGGGAUGGCUGAUGCUUUAGUAAAAUAUUUUGGAAAAACCAUCACUGGAAUAUAUGUAGCCUUUGUCACCUCCCCACGUGUGGCUGUAGGAGGGUUCUGUGGGAGGUGUGAGAACAGCAGAAUAGUGUGGCAGGGUCAGAGGCCAGAGGCAGCCUUUGGCUUGGGAACAAGGUUGGGAAGUCGUGGAUGUGUGCAGGACGCUGGAGCUAGGUCAGGCAUUGUCUGUCAGGCAGUGAGAGCUGAACUCAGGACAUGUAGCUUAUAUUGUGCCUUAAUGUGAAAUUAAGACAGCAGCUUCAGCUGCUGUUUUGAGCAGGGAAAUGGAAUGAAAUUUGAACUGUAGAACAAGGUCUGGCUCCCUGGAACUGAAGAGUAACUUCUCCCCCUGUUGUUCUUGUUGACAGGCGGGUGCCAUGCAGCGUCAAAGAUCUCUUCAACUUCUGCUGGACUCUCUUUGUGUACACUAAGGAAGAGAUUUGCUAAAUCCAUCAUUUAAAGGCUUACCAGUGGAAUCCCACACUCCGGAGAUGAAGGGCUCUGAGGAUCCUCCCUGCAUCAUUGGCACGCUCUGCGAGCUGCACGACGGGCUCCUGGUGGAGGCCAAGGGCAUCAAGGAGCACUACUUCAAACCUUACAUUGCAAAGCUGUUUGAUAGGAAGAUCUUAAAAGGAGAUUGUUUAUUGGAUCUUUGCAACUUUACAGAAAAUAGCAAAGCACUGAAUAAAGAGUAUGAAGAGUAUGUUCUGACCGUGGGUGACUUUGAUGAGAGAGUUUUCCUGGGAGCUGAUGCUGAAGAAGAAAUUGGCACUCGAAAAUUCCCUGAAGAUGUGCCAGGAGAGAAAACGGCAGCACGAGCUCACAUGGAGUGUCAUCUGCAGCAGCAUUUUGAAAAGAAAAGGUCAUUUGCACCUUCAACCCCACUGACUGGCAGGAGAUACCUGCGAGAGAAGGAAACUGCCUUCACUCCUGUGGCCUCAGCCACACAGAGCGUGAGCCGUCUGCAGAGCAUGGUGGCUGGGUUGAAAAAUGCACCAAGUGAACAACUUACAGCUAUUUUUGAGUCUUGUGCCCGCAGUCCCUUGGAAAGCAUCAUGAGCAGAGUGAAGGAAAUUGGUGAGACCUUCUGUUGCUGCUACACUCAGUCAACAGAUGAGCAGCCAGGAUCUCACAUAGAUUUUGCUGUAAACAGAUUAAAACUGGCAGAGAUCUUGUAUUAUAAAAUCUUGGAGACUAUAAUGGUGCAAGAAACACGGAGACUGCAUGGGAAGGAUCUGACUGCUCUCCUGGAGCAGGAUGUCUUUCACCGCUCCCUCCUGGCGUGCUGCUUGGAGAUCGUGCUCUUCGCCUACAGCUCCCCUCGCACCUUCCCCUGGAUCAUUGAGGUGCUGGACAUCAGGCCAUUCUACUUCUAUAAGGUUAUUGAAGUGCUGAUUCGGUCUGAGGAAGGGCUGUCCAGAGACAUGGUGAAGCACCUCAAUAGCAUUGAGGAACAGAUUCUGGAGAGUCUGGCCUGGACUCGGAACUCAGCACUCUGGAAUGCACUCGAGGCCUCGGAAAACAAAGUCCCAACCUGUGAAGAAGUGAUAUUUCCCAGUAAUUUUGAGGCCAGCAAUGGAGGAAGUGGGUUUGGGCACUUGCCCAUGAUGCCAUUAUCUCCCAUAAUUCAUCCUCGAGUGAAAGAGGUUCGGACAGAUCUUGGUGGGAGUUUAAGACGAGACGUGCAGCCAUUGUCUCCAAUCUCCGUUCACGAGCGCUACAGUUCUCCUACAGCUGGGAGUGCUAAGAGAAGGCUCUUUGGAGAUGACAGCCCCAAAGAAACGCAGAUGGAAAAAAUCUUAAUGAAAGGAACUAAGCUGACAAUUGCUCCAGCAUCAAGCAUUGGUGCUGAAAACAUGUCAGCAUCUCCUGCCCAGACAGUGCUGACCAUGACAACCACUACAGGACCAGGAAAAGCAGGACAGAAGGUCACUAUCCCACUGCAUGGUAUUUCAAAUGACAUGGGUGGAAUCACCUUGAUCCCCAUUUCGAUUAAUUUAGGCCAGCCAUGUAAAGUGGAUGCUCAGGCUCCCUGCCACCCUCCUGGGACCCAAGGAGCAGACGUGGCGCUGCCCGUGGCCGGCAAGCCGAAGAGAACGGGCUCCUUGGCACUGUUCUACAGGAAGGUGUACCAUCUGGCAAGCGUGCGCCUGCGGGACCUGUGCCUGAAGCUGGACGUGUCCAACGACCUGCGCAGGAAGAUAUGGACGUGUUUUGAAUUCACCUUGGUUCAUUGUGCUGAUCUUAUGAAGGACAGGCAUUUGGACCAGCUCCUCCUCUGUGCUUUUUAUAUCAUGGCAAAGGUAACCAAAGAGGAAAGAACUUUUCAGGACAUAAUGAAAAGUUACAGGAAUCAGCCCCAGGCAAACAGCCAUGUUUAUAGGAGUGUCUUGUUGAGAAAUACUUCUGAUGAUGUUCCAUUGGACAAAAAUGCAAACCCAGAUAUGGAGAUGACAGAAGACUCAUCUGUGAAAGCUGGCAGCUCCUUGGGACGGUCCACAGCAGAGAAUUUGAGUGAGUCAGAAACAGAGGAGAGAGGAGAUCUUAUUAAAUUUUACAACGCAGUCUACGUAGGAAGAGUAAAGUCAUUUGCACUCAAGUACGAUAUCACAAACCAGGAUCAUGUGGUGGAGGCGCCGCCGCUGUCGCCGUUCCCCAGCCUGCGGCCGCAGGCGGUGUCCCCGCGGCGAAUCUCGCAGCAGCACUCGGUGUUCGUGUCCCCGCACAAGAACAAGAACGGCGCCUGCCUCACGCCCCGCUCUGCCCUGCUCUACAGGUUCAAUGGCAGCCCCUCCAAGAGUUUGAAGGACAUCAACAAUAUGAUAAAGCAAGGUGAACAUAGGAGUAAGAAGCGAGCAAUAACAAUUGACAGUGACACUGAAUCUCCCUCAAAGCGACUCUGCCAGGAAAAUGAUGAUGUUCUACUGAAACGUCUGCAGGAUGUUGUCAGUGAGAGAGCAAAUCACUAAAAAGCUUCUGCUGUCUGUGGAUCUCCAAGUUACAGAGCUGGAUACAACAUUGUGCUAUUUAUUUCUUGCUUUUGUAUAUAGACAACUGUCAAGUUCCUUCAACACUGAACUUUCACCUGACUGCCACAGGACACAAAAAGUAAGAGUUAUGUAGGAAAUGCCAGUGAUCUUCAUGCCCAAAGAUCACACUGUGCUAUAACUUACUCUGAGCUGUUUUAGCAAAAGAGUGUUCUGUGAAACCCAUAUUGGAUGUUCUCAAGCCCCAUUUGGAGCAUCAUGAAUUCUGAGUGUAACUCAGCUUGGAAUACCAGUUUUAUUAUUAGAAUAAGAGUGAUAAAGAAAUUAGUGAAAUCAGUGAAGUUUCCUCAAGCUUUUGGCAUUUAGAGAAGAAACUUACAAAGUGCCUUAUUUGAAAAGAAUACAGAAUUUUAUGUAUUAUUUUACUGUGGAGUAACUGGAGGGAAAAAAAAUAAAUUAUUUAGCCUCAGAAAGAGCUGAGUAGUUUUGAACUGUCAGAACUUAUGUUAAAGUGUCGGUUGUGACAUGUAUCUGACAGCUUUUGCGGUAACAAAGGCAAUAAUCUAAAAAUACAAAUAGUGGUGACUGAGGUUGGACUCUGGUAAAGCUCACAGUUCUGUGAGCCUGAAUUCCCUUUCUCUUGAGCCAGUGGUGCUCCACGUUGGGAGGCACAGAGCAGCCUGCCCUAGAUGCUGUUCAUACAGAUGGCAGCUCACCCAUGAGAAAACACAGCUGAAAUCAGCAGCUGGGGUUUGGCCAUGUUAAAGCUGUUCAAAUGUACACGUUUUUAUAACAAUUUGAAUGUCUUAUUUUUUCCUGAAGACCUUUAGCCUCUUGUGUAGUAUCUACACUGAAUGUAAGCCCAUCACAUAAGGAGGUGUGUAUGUGUGAGGUUUUAUAGCUGUUGAAGGCUUGGGUUCACUGGAAAAGUAGAAAUUCCAGCAUCCAAUUCUUGUGACCAAGUUUUUAAUGCUGAAGACCUGGUAGGAUCUAUUUUACCAAAAUGGAGAAAAGUCAGGGUUUACUCAUUACUGUAAAUCAGUAGUUUGAUCUUAUUUUAUAAUUGUGUUUAAGGUUAGAGCCAUAGAGAAACUUCUCAGCACUGUAAUUUUCAGUUUCUGUGUAACUGAACUGAAAAAAAAGAACAACUACACAGGACUUGUUUGAGGGGCUCUGUUUCCUUCAUUGGCUGGGUGGAUUAUCCCCACAGGCCAUGGGGAGAACACUGCCAUGAUUUUGAGCAGCCUCAGCAAUGAUGAAGGAGAAAUUAAUUUCUAAGUGUAGGUGUGCAGGGACACUACUCAGCAAGGAGUAGGAAGUUUACAAACUUGGUUUUGAGUCAUUAACUACUUGAACAUUUGAUAUUUUUUUAAACUUGUUUACUUUCAGAAAAAGGUGCUUGCCCAUGGAGAGCUGCAGUAUGAGGAAAUGGCUGUGCAGUGGAAUAGGUUUCAUGUAGAUAUUUAAUUUUAUUCAAGUUUUAAUGUUUGUCUUCAGAUUUUCAGAUAAAAAGUGGAGGAUUGCAGCCUUUCUGCAGUAGGAUAGGAAAUUUAUGGUUAGGCAGGACAGCAUCAGUCUUUCCAUGGUAUUGUAUGAUGAUAGUUUACAACCAUUGACAUGGUUUUAAUUCAAUAUCAUGUGCACAUCUCCUGGUGUCUCUGCUCCCCACACUGUCACUGCCUUCUCUCACAGUAGACAACUGAUGGAGCCAAAAUCCUUAAUAACUGUUAUGUAUAGUGCUUCUUCAGUAGGAAAAUGAAUGUACUACAACUGGAUGCAGUUCAGAAUUCUUCACCUUUUUAGGUGAUCUAAAAACUAUUUUGGGCUUGUUGAACAGCUAAAACAAUAGCUUACAUGAAAUUUUUGUAACGGUUUCAAAGUGCCUUCACAUGUAAAUCUGUAUUUUAUAAUAAACAACUAAAAAGCA